GUAGCCUGCAGCAGAUUACGUCAUCCACGGCAGGAGGCAUCGAGCCACCUCGAAGGAGGAAGGAAUCAUCCGCCCCCGUUCCUCGUCUUCUUUCUCCUCCUCCGCGCUAUCCUCCUCGCCACCCUCUUCUGGAAUCGGAUUGCCAUGCUGUGGAGAUUUACCGGCGCUUGGGAUUGAUUCCUCCUGUUGGUUUUGCUCUUGCUAAUUUAACUAUUCAAGAAGAAGGAAAGAAUGAGCUACUUCCAAGCUACAACUUGCAAGCCUCACAGUGGGCUCAUUGUGAACAGGCCUAUAGCAGGUCUUGGGAGCACCAGUCAGUAUCCCUUACGUUCGCAUGCUCUCGGAUUUCACAAGCUGCAACGGAAAGUGUACCCAAGACUAGUUCUCAUUGCUGCUAGCCACAAAAGGCCUACUUCUGUUUGCGCCUUAAGCGGAAAGGGAAACCCUGACAAUGCUGAUGAUCCUUUAAUGGAAUCUUUGAAGAAAGCUAUGGCUGAUGCAAAAAAGCCCCGGCCCAUACAAGACUUGUUGAAAGAGCAGAUGGCUAAGCUUAGAGAACAAGCGUCUGGUGGAGGCGGAGGGAAUGGAAAUCGACGUGGAGGCAGUGGUGGUUCUGGUGGCCCAGAAGAUGAAUCAUUCAAGGAAGCGUUGGAUGAAAUAGUCCAAGUUAUCUUAGCCACUGUUGCUUUCAUACUUGUGUACAUCCAUAUAAUCAGAGGGGAGGAGCUUUACCGCCUUGCCAGGGACUACACCAGAUAUCUCGUCACUGGUAAGAGGACUGCCCGGCUGAAGCGUGCCAUGCAAAAAUGGCGCAACUUCUCUGAGAGCUUCAUGCAGAAGGAAUACUCAGAAGAGGACGAGUACGAGAGACCAGCUGCUUCGAAACCUACAUGGUGGCAACAGCCGCAAAAGUUCGUCCAUCUUAUGCAGGAGCUUUGCAGGGGAAACUGGCGUCCACAUGCUCAGGAGUCUUAGACCGGGUGUUCCAUCAUCUUUUUUUUUUGACCCAUUGCAGAAUGCAGAAUAGGGGUGGGCAAAUACUUGGUUGCAUGGCUGUUUCAAUGAGUUGCUAGAUGUCCCUGUCACCUGGAGCUAUGAAUUUUUUGGUUCUUUGAUGCGGAUGUUGUCUCUGAUUUGUUAAAGUAUGAUGGAAGUGAGUUAAUUCUUGGAAAUUUUGUAGUUGUUUAUUCGAAACCAUAAUGUGCCAAUCAAAAGUUAGUUA